AUGAAGACUACUCUACCAGUAUAUGCUUACCAUCAUUCUACUCAACAACAACAACAACAACAACACUCAAGAAAAGUUGUUCAUAAUCCGAAAAAACAAGUAUCAUCUUCAUCGAAUAGUACUAUGAAUACAAGCCCAAUUACAAAUAAUACAUCUCCCAUUAGUAAUAAUAAUAAUUUAAGUUUGGAAAAAUUACCAUCUACCAUGUCUUCAUAUUAUAAUUAUGUUCCUAUGGAAAUUCCAAUGGCUAUUCAAGAAAAACUGCAAGAAUAUGAAAGAAAGAACAAUGUAAAGAUUUUAUAUUGUGUCGAGACAGGAAGUCACUCAUAUGGAUAUCAUUGUGAAUCACUUUCCGAUUUUGAUAUUCGUUUUGUGUAUUCAUCAUCAUUGAGAGAUUAUUUAAAAUUGAGGAAUAUGCUUGCAACUUAUAGAGGAGGAGAAAAGAGCAAAAUUCCUACAUCAAUUCAAAACAUUUUUAAAUGUAAUGUGAAUCCAAUCCGAUGCGUUGAUAUACUGGGAUGGGAGUUACGUAGAUCUUUUUCAUUCAUUUGGUCUGGUAAUUCUUCAAUUCUUGAAUGGCUUGCCUCCGAAAGAGUGCUCGUUUCUCGAACUAAUAAUAUUGACAGAUUGAAGAAUGUAGCUGCUAAAAUUAUUCAUGGAAGUCCUUAUACAGUGGCGUAUGCAAAACUUAAUACUGCAAAAAAGAAUUAUCACAAUAUUUUGGAUAGCAAGGACAAACCACCUACAUCACAACGAGAUGUUUUGGAUGUGAAAAAGACUCUAUUCAUUAUUCAAACACUAUUGAGUGUAAAUAUUUUGGAAUGGAAGUAUUUAAUCAAUACUAACCACGCUGAUGUUGCUGAACCAUUAGAAAAUAUAAUAAUUUUGAAUUUUAGAAGAUUAUUUGAUACUGUUAAAGCACUGAGAACAAUUGAAAUUGAAAAAGAAAUUGAGGAAUUAUAUUUGUUAAGGCAACAAGUACCAAAUGUUCCAUUAUCUUCAUUACAUUUUGGACAACGAGUUGAAUCAUGGAUUGUUUAUGAAUUGAAUAGAGUUAAUGCUGUUUGUAGUUCACUAUUUGUUAAACAUUCCAAAGAUAGAUGGGCUCAACAUGACCAAGCUAUCACUGAUGAAUUGGAUGCACUCUUUUUAGAUCUUCUUUUGGAGAAUGACAAGUCGUUUACAUACCACCCAAACAAUGGACAAUAA